CCCUUCCGCCGCCGGAUUUUGACGUGCUCUCGCGAGAUUUGGGUCUUUUCCUAAGUCGGCGCUCGCCAAGGAGAAAGCCAUGUUCAGUUCGAGCGCCAAGAUCGUGAAGCCCAAUGGCGAGAAGCCAGACGAGUUCGAGUCCGGCAUCUCCCAGGCUCUUCUGGAGCUGGAGAUGAACUCGGACCUCAAGGCUCAGCUCAGGGAGCUGAAUAUUACGGCAGCCAAGGAAAUUGAAGUUGGUGGUGGCCGGAAAGCUAUCAUAAUCUUUGUUCCUGUUCCUCAACUAAAAUCUUUCCAAAAAAUCCAAGUCCGGCUAGUACGCGAAUUGGAGAAAAAGUUCAGUGGGAAGCAUGUUGUCUUUAUCGCUCAGAGGAGAAUUCUG